AUGUUGUUGCAAAAACUUGCAUUCCUUGCUGGAGUCGGCCUAUGGAGCGCGGGAGUAGGGGCAAUUACACCGUACACCGACUAUAGAAAGUAUGCCCCUGUCUACGGUUGCCACCAGCAGCUUGAAACGGAAGUCUCGUUUUGUCCACCGCAAAACUUUACUUGUCUUUGCAAUAACCCAAACUUCAAAGCUACGAUUGCUGGGUGCUUGCAGAAUGUGGGCAAAUUGAGUGAAAAAUACGCCAGCGCCGCCGUGAUUUAUUGCUACUAUUUCAACGUUUCGUUGACGAGGGAUUGGUUCGUGGAAGCUGCUGCAUAUUAUGACGCAAAUGCUGUUUCUGCCAGUGAGAUACCCGGGUUCAACAAGUCCGAAAUCGUCAAUGUGCCCAUCAUUUUAAACGCUUCCAACACGCAUGAUUUCCAGGAGUCGUACAAGCGGUUCUAUGACAACUAUAACAAUUCGCUUUACUGGGGAGCUGGAUUGUUGGCGUAUUGGCUGUUGGUGUUGAUCUUGAGUGCAAUUAUAAACUGGAGCAAGGUGUUGUUUCCCAACUUGAUCACGAGUUGGGCACGCACAAGUUCUGCCGUUCGUUAUUGGAAAAGAUAUGUUUCCACGCCAGCAACGUUUUGCAAGAAGAAACUGGCACACCAGGAUUUUCUAAUCUAUUUUGGCUUUUUAGUCCCCUCACGAAUUGAAUCGUUGGUGAUCUUUUUAUUCUACUGCAUCGUCAUCAUUUGCAACGCCAUCGGUGUCUACAGUUUUGAUGGCGAAAAAUUGUUUGACAGCAGGUACCAAGCGGAGAUCAGAUACGUGGCCGACAGGACGGGCAUCACCGCCACCAUGAUCAUGCCGUUGAUCUUUUUGUUUGCGGGCAGAAACAACAUCUUGCAAUGGUUCACGAGGUGGAACUACGCCACAUUCCUAACCUACCACCGACACAUCUCGAGAGUGAUGUUUGCAUUGGUGGUGAUCCACUCGGUCAACUACACCAUCCUUGAAAAAGCUGACUUUGCCCACGAAGCCGCCGAGCAGUAUUUCUACAUGGGCAUCCUCGCCACCGUGGCAGGCGGGUUGAUUAUGAUCCAAGCCAUUCUUUACCUUCGCAGACGCCACUACGAGAUCUUUCUCUGCAUCCACAUCAUCUUGGCGGUAUUGUGGCUCGUUGGAACGUGGUAUCACCUCGUGGACAUGGGAUAUAUUCAAAUGGUGUACCCGGUGAUUGCAGUCUGGGGUGUUGAUCGUCUCGUGCGAGUGGGGCGUCUCGUGGCGUUUGGCUUUCCUCGCGCGGAAGUCACGUUGAUGGCUGAGGAUACCCUCAGAUUGGUUGUUCCGAAACCCAAGUAUUGGCAUUCCAUCCCCGGGGGGCAUGCAUUUGUCCAUUUCAUCAAGCCCGCGUGCUUUUGGCAGUCGCACCCUUUCACAUUCACUAACUCCGUCGAGAACUCGGAUUCAAUCGUGUUUUACUCUAAAGUGAAAAAGGGCAUGACAAACAGAUUGUAUAAGCAGCUCGUUGGUGCGCCAGGAAGAAGAGGCACCAUCCGUGUCGGUGUUGAAGGUCCCUAUGGCGAAGCCACGCCUGCUAAAUAUGCAGACUCGGCCGUGUUUAUCGCUGGAGGUAACGGCAUACCGGGUGUAUACUCCGAGAUUGUUGAUAUUGCCAAAAAGAGACCCAAUGGACAACAGUCGUUGCAGUUGAUUUGGGUCGUUAGAGAUUGGAACUCCUUGCUUUGGUUCUAUCAGGAGUUGAAGAGCUUAAAGAACAGCUCGAUCUGCACCACCAUCUACAUCACGAAGCCGCUGAGCUUGGACGGCAUCGAGAAGCCACUUUGCGAAGCCAUUGCUGCUGCUGUCGCAUCCACCUCGUCGCGUGCCUCCUUCGAGAGUGUUGUUGAGAAGAAACACUCCGCGGUUGACAUCGUCAAGGCAGAGACCGAGUCUGGCGAAGACUAUGAAGACGAUAAUAACGUUAAGCUGGGCUCGAUCGUGACUGCUGAAUGCGUCAAAAGAGACCUUGCCCACAUCCAUUUCGAACAAGGGAGACCAAACGUUGAAGAAAUCGUCUCCAAUAGUAUCCGCGACUCCCAGGGCUCAGUGGCUUUUGUCGCUUGUGGACACCCCGUGAUGGUCGAUGAAGUGCGUUGCCAAAGUGCAAAGAAGAUGACCAAUAAGGAAAAGAAGAGAGUCGACUUUUACGAACAGCUUCAAGUCUGGGCAUAG